AUGACAUCCUACGCCUCACUUGUAAUUCGUGCGCAGACGAUACAUACCCAAGUCCCAGCACUGGGUCUGUGUCGCGUCGUUGCUAUCAGUGCAGACCGCAUCGUCGCAGUUUCACCAGAACCGCAUGGUUUGGAUGAAUACAUCGGGCCGGACACUGUCGUCCUUAAUGAGCCCAACAGUACUGUUCUCCCGUCCUUCGACGACACUCACACUCACCUUAUGUUUGCGGCCAUGAGCCAAUUCGACGUGCCUGUGCAUCUGGCGAAGAACAUACCUACUAUGCUUGACAUGUUGCGUCAACGUGCCGCUAGUACACCUAUCGGUGAAUGGAUCAUGACCACGGCCAAUUGGCAGGAAUUCAAUCUCGAAGAACAGCGGUUUCCGACACAACAAGAACUGGACAAUGUGUCCACGCAGCAUCCGAUCAUCGUCAAGCGCGGUGGUCACAACAUUAUUGCCAACUCUGUAGUCCUAGAUUUGGCCGGUAUAACGGACAAGACAGUAUCCCCAGAGGGUGGUGUUAUUGGCCGCGACAACAAUGGCAAACUCAACGGGUUAUUACAAGACAAUGCACUCAGUCCACUAUUUGCCAUACUGCCCCAGCCGAGUUUCCACGAUUGUGUCCGUGGCAUCGAGGGUGCAUCGAAAUCGUAUGCAGCAACCGGCAUCGGCUGCGUCCGCGAUUGUGCUGUUUUUGCCAAUCAAAUGAAGCUCCUCAAAGCGGCUCGGGACGAAAAAAGACUCCACGUUCGGUUACGUGUUUUGAUUGCGGCUAUCGGAAUGACGACUGUCGCCGAAAUCGAGAGCCUCCUUGACGAAGUUGAGCAAUGGCGUUGUCUAGAGACAGACCCAUGGCUACGAGUGUGGGGUAUCAAGUUCAGCAUCGAUGGUGGCAUCGAGGCCAGCGCUACCGAAAGCCCGUACAUUGCCAGACCGGAUCAUGGGUGCUGCGGACCUACUGACUUUCGUGGUACCCUGACUUGGGAUCCUGACACCCUUGAAGAAGCAAUGGAGAUGGUCCUUCGCCGAGGUUGGAGAAUUGGAACUCAUGCCUUCGGUGAUCGAGCUGUCCGUGUUCUCCUAGACGUAUACGAGAAGAUAAUAAAGCGUUGUCCUGAUAUACCUUCAGGGUCUCUAGUCAUAGAACAUGGGGGGCUUGCACAUAGCGACCAACGGGCUCGAGCCAUAAGACUUGGGAUCCCAGUAACAGUGCAGCAUCCUUUAUUGCACGAUGCUGCUGGAAUACAAAGCCAAUAUAUUGGCCAGGAACGACAGAGCCACCUCUUUCCGGUUCGUCAGUGGAUCGAUGAAGGCGCAGACAUUUCAGCAGGAUCAGAUUACCCUGUUGGUGCGUAUGGUGCCAUGAACUCAGUUUGGGGUCUUACAACGCGCCAAACUGUUUUGGGUGUCUUGGGUCCAGAACAUGCCAUUUCCAGACAGGAGGCUAUUGAUCUUCACACGACAAGAGCAGCGAAGCUGACAAAGGAAGAGCAACAUCGGGGUCGCAUUCUUCCUGGGUUUCUCGGCGAUCUCACCGUCUGGCCUAGUGAUCCUCUAAUGGUGCAACCAGAGGAGCUAUUGCAUCUACAGCCAAGCUAUACAAUCAUAGGGGGGAUAAUUGUAUAUAAAGAGUAG